AUGGCCGCCUCGACACCUGCAAAACUGAAGAGCCUGCGGGCAACUCUUGCCGCAAAAACACAUCAAGAAGUGCUACGCAUGUACAUACAGAAACACGAAGUCGGUCUCCUCAAGCACGCCUUCCUCGUCACUGUGUAUCGCAAGUGGUCCGCCAACCCACCAUACCACCUCACUGAGCUCGGUAUAACAACUUACGAUCGGCAACGAGUCAAUAACGGGCAGCCGGUACUCGCUGGACCCCAUGCCGAGUAUCUUCUCAAGCAUGUUUGGUGCUUGCACCUCCGCAUACGCUCGCACGCUCACCUUCCUUCUACCGGCGAUGCCAACGCCUACCAUUUCGGCACUACGACAUUCGUUUCGCAGGAAGAGGCAUUGCAUAUGCUUCACGAAAUCUGGCAUCAGCCGAUGGAUGAGGCAGAUCCCGACAAGGGCUUGCGACCCAUCGUAUACAUGUCCUUUGGUGACAAUGACGGCAUGGGUAAGAUGAGAAAGACAGCUUUCGACUUCGAUCCCUCGAGUAUGAGCACUACAGUCGCUAUAUUGGAUGCUCAGAAUAUUCCAGUCCAGGCCAAAAUAACGCGCUCACAGACUGCGCCAUUCGAGUAUCUCCUGCAACAGUUCAAGAUUCAGGCUUUCGAUUUCGACAAUGGCGGUAAUGCAGCAAUGUACGCCACCGUUAUCGCUAUCCUGUCGGCAUUGCGCAAUGAGCUUUAUGGCUCGUUGGAUAAUCCCAGGGCCAAGGCAGGUCAGAAAGGACAGUCGAGCUCGAAGUCAGCGCAGAGUGUGAUACAGUGGUUGAUGGAGUGGCCUACUCCAGCUCCGCCAAUCGGUGUUUCCAUGUACUGCUGGCGUUGUGGAAGCGCUGAGCAUAGCUUUACCGAAUGCCCAAACUCGGAUCUCGAGUGUAGCAAGUGCAUGAACUCACCGCAUACGUGGAGGAAAGAGAAUGCGAGUACUCAUACAGAAGGACUAUGCAUCUUCCGAUGA